GCAAUAGAAAUUACCUAGGAACCUAGUGCUACUGCUACAUACUAUUGCACCUGCAAGGGGUACAGAUAAUUGUAUCAAUAAGUAACCCGAACCAUACGAUCGCAACUAUAAACAACAGCCCCCAUUGGCUAACGCAUAUACGUCAUAAAACACAAUGGUCAGAGAAGCGAUUUAUAUUUCUCAGAAGCCAAUAUCCUUGUCAGUCGAAAAAAGACUUACUCGUAGAAUUCGAAUAUCAACUCCAAUUUCUACAAAAACACUAGAUUUUAACAUCUGAUGUUGUCUUUUUUCGCUGAAACGUCGACAAAAAAUACCAAAGGAUUUUACUUGUUACUAUCCAGUCCUUGAUAAUGACAGUUGAUUGAUUGGUUGGGUCGUAUUUGUUCGUAUUUGAAGUGCCGCCUGCAACCCAACUUAUUUCAGUCAGCGCGCUGAUGUAAGGGCUCAUUCGUUGAAGCUUUUAGCACUGAACACUCCUCGAGUCUGACGCCUAAAAGUAGCUUGAAUACUAGUCCAAUUAAAUGUACGCCAAGUAAAAGCUAUUUAAAACAAAGGCAAAAAUCCAUCCAGAUAAGAAAGAAGAGAUCUUUUAAUGGUAUACAUUCUCGAAGAAAACCUACGUAAAAACAUUGCAAAACACCACGUAGACAAUAUCUGGACUCUUUUUCUCUUCAAUACAAAGAGCAGUGACAGAAACUCAACGUUAUAGUUGGCGAUUUGGGAAUAAAGACCGGCGCUCAAAGUCGCAUAAACCAAGUAAACAAGACGAAAACUUUCUUGGCAUAAAGGGCGAGGUUACGACAAAUCGGCAAGUUCCUGAAAAUGGCUUUAAAUUUCACAAGUUAUAAUGGAACUGAUGGAUCCAACCAAAGCACUGCGGGCCCUAUUUAUGGUGGUCCCUCCACCGGUGAGGUAGUAGCGUAUUCCAGCAUGUAUGGCCUUAUCUCUCUAGUUGCCUUAGUAGGAAAUAUAUUGGUGUGUUUAGUCAUAACCAAAAACCCAAGCAUGCGUACUGCGACCAAUGUUUUUCUUCUCAAUCUGGCGAUAGCUGAUAUUAUAUUCAUCAUUGUCAGUGUCCCAGCCAUCCUCGCUUUACAAAUAUUCGAGGAGUGGCCAUUUGGAGAGGCAGCCUGCAAAGGAGUACCUUUUCUUAACAUCGUUACUCUUUCUGCAUCAGUUUAUACUAUGGUUGCCCUUGCUAUAGACAGGUAUAACGCCAUUGUUCACCCACUACGUGCUAAGGUCACACACACAAUGAGACGAGCUGUAAUCGUAAUAUCACUCAUCUGGUUGCUGUCAGCGGUAGUUGCUUUACCUCAGAUUAUGGUCUGGACCCUCGAGGACUUUUGUGUAGAAAGAUGGUCCAUUAUCAGCGAUAACCAUUUAACCAGCAAGGAUGUCUACACCGUUGCCAUUUUUGUCAUAUUCUUUGCUGUCCCAAUGGCAAUUAUUACUGUCGCGUACAUCACGAUUAUAAAACGAUUAACAAUAACCGAUGGUAUUUUAACCGAAACGGCCCAGAUAAGUCACGACCCAAGCCAGAAAGAGAGUCAUUCAAUCGAUGAAAAGUCGGUGCCUAUUUCGAGAAACAAUCGGAAAACAACCUUCAUGAUGUUAACGGUUAUUGUGGCUUUCUUAGUUUGUAUGUUGCCUCUCAACGUGUUUUUGCUGGUCACGCCAUUCCUCACUUCCUUCAACGAGGACUCUAUGUACAUGGCCUCCACUGUGCUUCAAUUUCUUUCUGUCUGCUCCGCGGCUUGCAAUCCAAUCAUUUAUAAUUUUUUCAGCGUUAAAUUCCGUAGAGCUUUUGCUGAUGUCUUCAGAAGCAGGUGCGGAACAAAGCAGCCAGUGCACAAGUCACGCUUCUAUUCUUCAUUUCGUACAAAGGGAACAACAUUGUUAUAGCAAUCAAAGAAAUCCUAUGCGAAGAAAGCCGCUGAGCCAGUACAGUUUUGCGUGACAUGGCACAAAUCGGAAUGAUAAUGACGAACAAAAGUAACGCAAUGUGUACAAAAUCACGCAAUUAUACUUUCAGAGGUGUUCUGAAUAAACUGUAACGCAAAAACAGUGAGUCACACAUUCGGUGGUAAAGAGAAACAGAAAGAGCUUAAGAAGACCAUCUCUUAUUUUUCCAAAAGAACUGUAAUGCAAGCACAGUAAGUCACGCAUUCGUUGCUUAAAAGAAACAGAAAGAGGAGGCAGACAAUCUUUUAUUUUCCAACGAAAAGUGUUCCAAAAGAACGGUAACGCAUGUACAGUUAAUCGCACAUUCCUUUCGGUAAGAGCCGGUUGUCAUUGGUCUACGAAAAAAUCGUCCAAAUGGACUGUAACGCAAGUACAUAAAGUUCCGCUUUCAAAACAGUCACGCAAUGUAUAUACUUUUAGCCAUACAUGUAGACUAGGUUAAUUGUUGAACGCUUUGGUCGUACAAGCUCAUUGCAGUAGUUACAGUAUAACAUAUAGUGGAAUUUCCCUCAGAAUCAUCGAUUUUCAAAUUUAGAUAAAACAAGAAGCGCAGGAACAAACUAGACAUGACGUCAUAAUAUAUGACGUCAUUAUAGGGUGACGAUGAUGUCAUAGUAGUUCGGCUGUAUAAUCACCUUUUAAUGGCGUCGUUCAGAUUGCCGUUAAAAUAGUGUAUAUAAGAUUUACAUCUGAUAAACUCGGUAAAAGUCGUACAUAAACUCCUUCAAAGCAGAUAGCUUCUUAAAACCUAGCCAAUUGGGGCCGAAUUGAUUGAUGGGAAAUAUCAGGAGCCCAUUACUAGGUGCAUUUAUGUCGUGUAUUGGGUUUUGUUACAUCGUUUUCAUAGAAGUUUCUAUUUUUAGAUUUUUCACGGCCAAUAAUCAGUCACUUCCGGUGUUUUGCGCGCGAAAAUCCGCUGGAAACAAACAAAAUAAUAAAGAAACAUUGCGAGUGAUACUAAAAGCAAAUUUUCUUCUUGUCUCUCUGAAUGAAGUGAUAUCAAGAACGCGGUGACAAUUCUACUAAAUGACGCUCCUAGGUUCUGGAGAUGUCCAUGAUACCCAAAUAUCCUUUCAAAGCGGUCAGGAAUGUUUUUGAACGCUUUUUAACCUUGAUGAAAGCCCAUAUGCAAUGGUGAGUUGUUAGUGUACAAUGCAGUAUAAAAUCAACUUGUAAACUAUUUCAAAUAGGUUAUGCCAUGGCUGUGACAUACGCUUAAAUUAACGUUUAGAAAUUUAGGGGAUUAAGGGACAUAGCGAUACAUUAAAAGUUAACAGGUCACUCAAUAUUCUCAACGCUUUCUUUCGUUUUUGAUCAAUUCCUAAAUUGGAAAAGUUGCAAACUGUAGCAAAAAGUUGUAAACUGUAUGUAUAAUAAUAGCUAGACAAGAUAGGUACUUACCAGUCCAUCGCAGUCACUAAUGGCCGCGCUGAGAUUGAAACCUGUUGUUUCUCCAACUAGAUAACAAUGUUCAAUAAAUUUUGUUCUCUCAA